UUCAUCCGUUCGGUUAUUAUCGUCAAAACUAAACAAAAUCAUUACAAUGGGUGUAGAAACUGCUCCGUAUACUGUUUGUAAUACUUGGCCUGAAGAAAAUGUUGAACUACGUGAAUAUGACUCUCUACCGUGGGUUUGUACUUCAAGUACCGGAAGUUCAAUGGAUGCAGCAAUUAAUGAGUGCUUUGGUAAAUUAUUUAAUUAUAUUGGUGGGGAAAAUGAGCGAAAGGUUAAAGUAGAGAUGACCGCUCCAGUUACUAUUGAAAGCAAGCCAAAUGGUGAUUCUGCUGCGGAAAGAUGUUUUACAAUGGGUUUUUACAUUCCUGCACUGAACCAAUCAGAUCCAUCUCCUCCAACAGGAGAUGGGGUAUUUAUAGAAACCAGACCAGCAAUGAAAGUCUACUGUCGUAUCUACCCAGGUUUUUCAGAUGAUGACGAACUAGAGAAGAAUGCGCGUGAACUUGGUGAAAGUCUCGAUCGUCUUGGUUUAAAAUAUACAUCAGAUCCUUUCUAUUUCGCUGGAUAUGAUCCCAUAUUCAAGGUUGACGAUCGUCGAAAUGAAAUAUGGUUUAAAGCUCAAUGAAAUAAUAUCAAUGUGUGUUUACUACAUGUGAAAACUCCUUCUUUUUAUUAUCUGUAAUAAUUAAAAGUACAUUCUAUCACAUUUCUGUACGGUUUUUUUAGAGGGUAGCAGAG